AGACAAGCUGUAGACAUUUUUUCUAUGAAAGAACAGGCAGCCAGUACAGCAUCUUGGGGUCCCUGCCCUGUGGCCCCCCUCCUCAUCUCCUCAGCCCACUGUCAGAGCUGAGCCUGUGGGCAGAGACCAGCUUCACGAGACACCCGCCCUUCUCAAACCCAGGGCCACUCAGGGCCACAGUUUGGCUCCCUGGUCUUGUCUCUGUCUCUGACCUACUCGUGUGAGCUUCAGAAAGUCCCUUCCCCUCUCUGGGUCUCAGAGACAAAGUGAGAAUGGAGAAUCACUCUACAAAGUGGCAAGACGGUGUGUUAUCCACCUGAGCUAGAAUUCCAGUUCCAUUAUUAUCUGGCUGUGUGGACUCGGGUGAGCCGCUUGUGUUCUCUAGAUCAAUCCCCAUCUGUAAAAUGGGGAUGAUAAAUAGUCAUCUACCCUAUAGGGUUGGAGCAAGGUAUAUGUAAGACAUCUGCAGCUUAAGUGCUUAGCAUGGUCAUGGUCAGGCUCAGAAAAGCAAGCUAAUCUCAAAAGCCCGAAGCUCUUUCUCUGAUUCCUGUCAGCCAGGCCAGGCGAGGUGGGGCUCCUGGAGGGAAAGGCGUGUGUAUCUGCCCGUCUGUCUGUGUGUGUGUCUGUCUCUGCCCAUACAUGCCAGGGUGUGUGGAGGGCUUGGCCUCCCCCCGGGGAACUCUGGGAAGAUCUGUCCAGAGAGCCUCCCUGAGGGCAAUAGCUGAGUUGAAGCUUGGCAUCUUGUUCUGUAGAAGCCGCAGGUCCUGGCCCUCUCCCUCCCUGCGCCUGUCCCCCGCUUUAGGGGCUCUCAUUGUCUUUGCUGCUUCCUAAGUUUUACGUGAAGAGGCAAUAGCUGGUCCCUCCCAGCCUGGAGAUAAGUCACCAGGUUCCCAGCCAGGAUGCAAGCAGUCCCCGUGAAGAAAGCCAUCCACUCUUGGGCUCCUCUGGGCUUUGCUCUGUCCCAGAGAGCUGCUUGAAGCUGUGGGGAGUCCCAGUGCAUCUGGGCCCCUGCCCUAGGAUUCUGGCUUUUGAACUCAAGUCAGCUCUAUCCUAGGACUCCCUUUUUCUUUCCUCUCUCCUCGGACCACACGGUGUUUGUUUCACACUGGACGCUCCGCUAAGUGAUGCAGGAAGUAGGCCCCCGGGGAGGCAGAUACCGCCCAGCAAAGCAGAUAACCGAGUGAAGCCUUGGAUGCCUCUGGGGCCCUGGGCAGGCUCAGAGAUAAGUGGAAAUGCCAGGCUUAUCUGCGGACUGAGUUCUAGAGAAGUCAUCCCGGCCGGCUGGCCCACCUCGUUCCUAGGGCUCCACGCAGUCGGGCAUCUCUAGGCAGAGUAAACACUGGGUUGGCACAGCCGCAGCAGCAGCAGCAGCAGCAGCAGGAUGGGGACUCUGUGCCCCCCUCUGACACUUCGCAGUCCCAGCACCAGAGGCCAGCAGCGGGCGUCGGAUUACACCCAGAUAUUUGCGAACAAAGAGCGAGUAGAAGAUAAAGGGGCAAAACCAAAGCACACACUGAGCACCAGAGGCGUGCAAGCCGAGCUCAGGGGGCCGUGGGAAGAGAGCCAGAAGGUGGACCUGCCAGAGGGGACAGUGGAGAGGCGGCUGCCCAUCAGUGCUCCAGGGGUAGGAUCUGGCCUCUGCACCCAGGCAGAGGCGUCACCAGGGCAGGGAGAUGGAGUUCCUGGCCCAGCGCAGGUGCCCUCAGAGGUGGAAGCCCAGGCUCCUGGGGCAGCCAGCGAGAGCCCCGGGACUGGCCUGGAAUUGUCUGCAGUGCCCAAAAGGUCCAGUGAAGCCCUCACCAACCAGGAGGCAGGACAAGGAACAUCGUCCAGGAGGCCUGAUGCUUGGCGCUCAGAGGAGGGCAUGAGGCUGACUCCAGCACCACCAGGCCAGGUCAAGGCAGCUCAUGGCAGCCGAGAGACACCUCCAAGGAUCUCCAUCCAUGUGCAGGAGACAGAUACCCCUGGGGAGCUGCUGGUGACACGAAGGGCCAGCCUCAGAACUACACCUCCUGCAGAGGCUCCAGCAGCUGCCCAUCCACGGGAGGACUCACCAGGGCCCAGGCGCUGCCCCCAGGCUCCCGGGACUGAGUCAGAAAAACAUAUUCUGAAAGGAGCCAGUGAGUUUUCCCCUCUGCAGAGGCAGAGCAGCGAUGGGGGAGCAAAGGCCAAGGAGAAGCAGGGGCCUGGGCCCAAGUCCACCAUGGCACCGGGCAAGGCCGGGUGGGACAAGGGAUCUGAUGCCAGGGCCCCAGGCCCACAGCAGGGCACAGCCCCGGAAGCAGGAAACCUGGAGCCUGAGAAGGACUGCACAGCUGGGGGCGUGGGCAGAGCCGAGGCAGGAAGAAGAACGCCCCCGGGGGCUGAGGCAGACAGCCUGGUUCUGGAUGAUAGCCCGGCCCCACCAGCCCCCUUCGAGCACCGGGUGGUGAGUGUGAGAGAGAGCCCAACCUCAGCGGGCUACACAGUGUGCCAGCACGAAGUCCUGGGAGGGGGCCGGUUUGGCCAGGUCCACAGAUGCACGGAGAAGGCCACGGGCCUCUCGCUGGCGGCCAAGAUCAUCAAAGUGAAGAGCGCCAAGGACCGGGAGGAUGUGAAGAAUGAGAUCAACAUCAUGAACCAGCUCAGCCACGUGAACCUGAUCCAGCUCUAUGACGCCUUUGAGAGCAAGAACAGCUUCACCCUAGUCAUGGAGUACGUGGAUGGCGGUGAGCUCUUUGACCGGAUCACCGAAGAGAAGUACCACCUGACUGAGCUGGAUGUGAUUCUGUUCACCAAGCAGAUCUGCGAGGGUGUGCACUACCUCCAUCAGCACUACGUCCUGCACUUGGACCUCAAGCCGGAGAACAUACUGUGUGUCAAUCAGACAGGUCACCAAAUUAAGAUCAUUGACUUCGGGCUGGCCAGAAGGUACAAGCCUCGGGAGAAGCUGAAAGUGAACUUCGGUACGCCGGAGUUCCUGGCCCCUGAAGUCGUCAAUUAUGAGUUUGUCUCAUUCCCCACAGACAUGUGGAGUGUGGGAGUCAUCACCUACAUGCUACUCAGUGGUUUGUCCCCAUUUCUAGGGGAAACAGAUGCAGAGACCAUGAAUUUCAUUGUGAACUGUAACUGGGAUUUUGAUGCUGACACCUUUGAAGGGCUGUCGGAAGAGGCCAAGGACUUUGUCUCCCGGUUGCUGAUCAAAGAGAAGAGCUGCAGAAUGAGUGCCACCCAGUGCCUGAAACAUGAGUGGUUGAAUAAUUUACCUGCCAAAGCUUCAAAAUCAAAAGUUCGUCUCAAAUCCCAACUAUUGCUGCAGAAAUACAUGGCUCAGAGGAAAUGGAAGAAACACUUCUAUGUGGUGACUGCUGCCAACAGGUUAAGAAAAUUUCCAACUUGUCCCUAAUCCUCAACUCUGCUGCUCCCACGGGCCCAGAAAUUAUUGAGACUGGUGAUGAAGUUAUGGCUGAAGAUUUUUAAUAAUCUGAUCUUUCGCUAAUAAUCGUUGACUCCACUUAUUUUGUUAAAAAAAAAAAAAGGUUAUGGCUGUUGUCUUCCUUGUGGAUAAGAAGUGGCUGUAAAGAAAGUGACCUAAGAACUUUUUUCUGCCUUAAAAUAUCAUUAAGUUGAAAUGCUAUGAUUGCUUUUCAAAUAUAACUACUUUUGGAGAUAAGUAUAGGUAUGCUUUAGGUAGGUAGGAAAGCUUCUACUUUGCAUAUGUUCAUUUAAAUCUAAGCUUAGUCUGAUUAAAGCACCCAGUGGACUAUCA